CCUCUGCUCACUGCUCUCAGGCCCACCUGCUGCCUCCUGUCCCACCCAGGGGCUCCCGCCCCUCUAGACAGGGAUCAGGAGUUCCCCACUUGCCCAGCACGAGUGAAGCGCUGGGCUGGUGGGGAGAGAGCCUGGCUUCCGGGGCCUGACCCCUCCACACUGCACUCCCGACUGUGCUCCCAGCUGCCCUCCGGUCUCUGGUCCCCUCAGCCGGCCCCUGAGCUCUCCGCAGCUGGAGGGCAGAUCUUCAGCAUGGAGUUGGGGAACCUGACUGAGCCGGUCUAUGAGCUCAUCCCGGGCCUGGCACCCGGGGACCUAGGGGGGCUCAGGGGGCUUCAUGCCAUGGUGCAAGGCUUCCUGGGACUGGUGCAGCCCAACCCCUUCCCCCAAGACUUGAUCCAGAGUCUGAUCCAGGGCCAAGAGGACUCCAGCACUUUCAUCAAGGAGGUGCUGGCGUAUGAGGCUGGGUUCCUCGUCUGCCUUCUGCUGGGGCUGCUGUUUGUGGUGCUCGUGCCCCUGACAGGACUCUGCUUCUGCUGCUGUCGCCUGUGUGGAAAUUGCGGGGGGAGAAUGCAUCUGAACCAGGACAAGGGCUCCACUGGCCGCCGCCGGACCCUUGCCGGCCUCCUGCUGCUGCUCUCCAUCCUCCUCUUGGCCGGGAACAGCCUCAUCUUUGUCAGUAACAAGCGGAUGUCUGAGGCUGUGUCCAGUGGCCCCGACUCCCUCAACGGCUCUCUCGGGAACAUGCAGAUCUUCAUCCAAUCCAUCCCUCAGGACUUUGACAAGAUCAUAAAAGCCAGCAGCGAACCGGUUGGCGCUGUCAAUGCCAGCCUGCAGGACAUCGGGCAGCAGCUGGGGGGCAGGGUCCUUGUUCAAGUGCAGGAGGCGGUGUACCCAGCACUGAGCAUCAUAUCCAAGCUGCUGUCAGAGGCCCAGGGGACGGAGCAGGAGCUGUGGGUGAUGAAGAAUUCUUCGGAGAAGCUGCAGGACCCGUGGGAGAUGCUGAAGCAAAACCUCUCGGCCGUGCAGAAAGAGCUGAGGGAGGCAAAGCAGGAGUGCGGGGACCCCUGCAAAAGCCUGGAGCUCAGUGAUCUUGAUAUCAACUUUAACAUCAGUGAGAUCCCUAAUGUUCGUCCUGAAAUUGAGCUGCUCAGCAACCUGUUGAACACCAACCCCCAAGCCCAGAUUCAGCAGGCCUACCAAAUUCUAAACAGCACCCCAGAGGCAGUGCAUAACCAGACACAGGACUUCGUGGCAGAGGCACAGGACCUGUUGGAGAGCAUCCUGAAGCAACUGGCCAGUAUCGGAACGGAGAACCAGCUGAUGGACGUCUUGGAGAAUGUUGAUGGGAUGCUGGGCUUGGUUGGAAACCAGAUCAAGGCCGUUGAACCCUAUGUCUCCCAGGCUGAUUGGUACAGGUGGGUGGCCGGAGUAUGUCUGGGCUGCGUGGUGCUCCUGGUGGUGCUCUGUUUCAUGCUGGGGCUGCUGUUUGGCUCCCUGGGGCUGCAGCCCCACACCCUGCCCACCCAGCGUGGCUGCCUGUCCAACAGCGGCGGAAACCUCCUCAUGGCGGGUGCCGGCUUCAGCUUCCUGUUCUCCUGGCUGCUCAUGCUGCUGGUGAUGGGGCUCUUCCUGCUGGGCGGCCAAGGCUACACGUUGGUCUGCCAGCCCUGGCGCCGAGGGGAGCUCUUCCAGGUUAUUGACUCGGGUCUGUUCCCUGGACUGAAUCUGUCCCAGCUCCUGGGGCUGGAGAACAGCAUAUUGACCCUAGGAGGCUUCUACAAUAACUGUCAGCACAACGAAGCCCUCUGGUCCACGCUGAACUUGGAUUCGGUCAUUCACCUGGACGGCUACCUCAACCUCAGCCAGUACAAGGACCAGAUCCAAGACAGCUUUGACAAAGUGCAGAUCCACACAAACUCUGUCACCCUGCUGGCCCCCAAACAGCUGGCUGCCUUGGAGAAACUAGGCCACUCAGGGCUGCAGGGGCUGAACUUCUCGGACUCCUUGAGCCAGCUAGGGAACAACCCCACCAAGGAGAAUCUCGGGAAACUGGCCACGCAGAUGGAUGCCCUGGCAUCGUCUCUGAAGCAGUCUAAGCCAGACUUGGCCAAAAAGCUCCAGAAAGGGGCCGAAGAUCUGCGGCAUCUUCAGGACCCCUUGGACAAGAUCGUCCCUGAGAUGCAAUCCCUGAACCGGAGCCUCCUGCGGCUGGAGGGCUCCAUCCAGCAAAUACCAGCCCAGGUGAACGGGAGCCUUGACGCCAUCCAGAAGGCCCAGAGAUUCCUUAAUGACUCUGUCCCCGCACUCAUCAAGAACGAGUCCGGGAACUUCCUCUACACCCAGUUCAGCUACUUCCAGAAGUAUGUCGAGUGGGCCAGCCACAUGCUGCGGAAGGAGAUGGCUCACUGUGGUCCUGUGGCCCAGGUCCUGGACACUGUGGAGACUGUGGCCUGUAGUUUUGUCGUGGGCAACCUGAAUGCCUUUUGGUUCAGCUUGGGCUGGUGUACGGUCCUUCUCCUUCCCGGUCUCAUUCUAGCCAUCCGGCUGGCCAAGUAUUAUCGCCGUAUGGACACAGCUGAAGUCUACAGUGAUGAUACCUACAUGAACAGACAAUGGUUUGAGAUGAGCCAGAAGCCAUCACCUUUCCAUUUCCCCAAGGUGGAGACAAGACACUGACAACUCCCUCUCCUCCAAACCAUCGCCAUGACAACAGGGAGGCCCGCCGAGCCCACCUCCCUUGGAGCUGGGUUGAAGAGGCUUCAUCUCAGGGAGCUGCAAGGCAAAGUCUUGGCAUCCCUCAAGCCUCUCUCAGGUGUUUACAUGCCACAGGCUUUGCCCUCCCCUCCUCCUUCCUUCCCCUCAACUAAGGACAAUAACCAGUGAUUUUGACGGGGCCCCCACUCACCACGGGGAAGGGCAGCUUUCACCCGUGGGGACCCUCUCCUUGCCUUGGGUCCAGUCCCACCCUCUCAGCCCUGCUGGAGACCAGGCUGGGGAGGACAGCCACUGAGUCUUGUGGCAGGCUCUCCUCUUGCUGUGCAUAGAAAAUUCUACAGCCUCCAGAGGGCCUCCCUGCUCUACACCUAGUAGGCAAGUAGCUUUUGAACUUUGAGAGAAAAUCAGGUGUGCAUUUUUUCUUUUAUGGCAAAACCUGGUCUGGUGUUUGCGAAGGAGGCAGCUGUUGACUUUGCUAAUUCUACAUGAUGAGGAGGGGGUAGUACUCUCUGGAGCCUCCCCCGUCCCACCCCUCCUUCCAUCCCCAUUUUCACCAAUAAACCAAGUUGACU